CGUGCGGCGCAGCUGACGCCGCGCCCCAGCAGUUCCAUGUCUUUCGCCAUGCUGCGCUCGGCGCCGCCGGGCCGCUACCUGUACCCCGAGGUGAGCCCGCUGUCGGAGGACGAGGACCGUGGUAGCGAGAGCUCAGGCUCCGACGAGAAACCCUGCCGCAUGCACACAGGGCGCUGCGGCCUUCAGGGCGCCCGGCGGAGGGCCGGGGGCCGGCGGGCCGGGGGUGGCGGGCCAGGGGCGGGGGGCCGGCCGGGCCGCGAGCCCCGACAGCGGCACACGGCCAAUGCACGCGAGCGGGACCGCACAAACAGCGUGAACACGGCCUUCACCGCGCUGCGUACGCUCAUCCCCACCGAGCCAGCUGACCGCAAGCUCUCCAAGAUCGAGACACUACGCCUGGCCUCCAGCUAUAUCUCACACCUGGGCAACGUGCUGCUGGUGGGCGAGGCCUGUGGCGACGGACAACCGUGCCACUCAGGGCCCAACUUCUUCCACGCGGCCCGCUCAGGCAGCCCCACGCCACCGCCCCCGGCCCGCGAUGGAGAGAACGCUCAGCCCAAGCAGAUCUGCACCUUCUGUCUCAGCAACCAGAGAAAGCUGAGCAAGGAUCGCGACAGAAAGACGGCAAUUCGAAGUUAGGAGUGGGCCCAUGGCCGCCAGGAGGCAGAUGCUGCUGGGGAAGGUGGAUGCCCCCGGUGUGCCACAGAGAGCCCCACCUUGGACCCAACUCGGGCACAGACUUCCAUAAGUAUGCCCACCAGGCAGCCCCACCAGGCUGUGAGCAGGGCCCGUGGAAGACAGACGGACAGGCGGCAUCAGGACUCUGAGCUAGCCGCAGCACCUGCCCAGGCCCACUGGAACUUUCCAUGCUGGCUUCCCGCCUGGGUUUUCUUCUGGUUGCUGUGUUGGCAUCUUGUGCCUUUUAUAUGAUAAUAUAAAGUCUGGAAAUUUUGUAAAAUUAAAAACAAAACAGUAUCUUCCAAAUAGAGAGGCAGACUGUCCUCUUGGAAGGUUUG